ACUUCCCCCACGAGCCCCUCAGGAAGUCUUCUGUCAGGGCCCCACUUCCCCAGGGUGCCCACAAGGCACCACGUGAUUCUGCAUCCAAACCACAGAGCAAAACAGUCCGGUCAACCAGGGCCAGCAGAACGUGCCAGAAGGUGGCUUCUCUGGCAGCCCCAGGGUCCACGGGCCCUCUGCUAAAGGGCACCGGACACAGGCUCUGGGGCCUGUGGGAUUUCUUUGAAACCUUCUCUUCUGAUCUAGUUUUGAACUAGAAAAGAUACAGGAGUAGAACAAGGGCAUCAUGCUGGCCACCCAGGGCCAUGGGCAUUGGCGUUCUGUCCCACUUGCUCAGUGAAUGUCUUCGCUCUUCUCCCCGUGUUUCCGUGUAUAAAGUACAUGCUGAGCAUCCACACCCCAAGGUCGCCAUGAGCGCCCUGGGCACCCGCUGCGGGCUCACCCCAUGUCCUGGGAUCACCCCCCACGACCAUCUUGUGGAGCAGCUACGACGGAGCCUGACCCGGAUGAGAGCCGAGCCUGCGGGAGGGGAGGAGCUUGGGGCGUCUCCACCCCUGCAGCCCGGACACGUCCUGUUCUGUCUCCGGGGUGCUGCCUGCCCCACACGGGAAUUAGGCCUUCUAGCUGCUCCGAUUUGCCUGCAGGCCUGUUUCAGACCCCAGGAGCCAUCCCCAGGGACCCCUCACCCUGGGAGGAUGGCCCUUGUCCACAGCCUGUGGCCCUUGCACACCCGGCAGCUGUGCCCCCUAUGUGGAGUUCACGGCUUAGGGCCGACCCCGAGUGGGGCUCUGCCCCCUGGAGCUGGCAGGGCUGUCUUCCUCCCUACCCUGAGUCUCUGCCCCUUCUUCAGGGACACAGCUUGGUGGCCGGGACUCUGCAGGUCGGAGGUCGGCUGUGGCCAGGGCAUGGCAUCCACUGGGCAGACAGAGGCGAGGUGGCCGGACAGCCCGGCUAGUGGACGGCGUCUUCCCCUGGCGUGGCUCUGUCUCCUUCAUGUGGCUUCUCGUCUCCUCCAGGAGUAUUGGAGGCUGUUCCUGGGCCAGCUAAGGGCCCCAAGGCCAGUGGGAGUGCUUUUCCUGGACCUGAGGGAUCAACACCUUCACACCUGCUCCUGGCCUGGAGGCCACCUCCUCUGUGGGCAGCGCCCUGCAGUACCAGGUGUCUGUGCCUCUCAUGGGCCAUUCCCAGGCCUGUGACACGAUGCCAACAGG